GUAUAUGUAAGUUUAUGAAUGAUAGUUUGUGACUCAUUAAACACAGACCAGCUAACAGGCGGAACCAAAGUAACGUCAUAGCAGGCACUGUUUACUAUGCAACAAUGGCUGACGCAUUCAGCAGCAGCUCGGAAACUGUAAUUCAGCGUGUGGUGGACGUCACAGUGAAGACGAGUACCCCUCUGGAGAAACUUGAAGAGCUGUAUCAGAUCAAGGAGACCUGCGACUUCAUCAGGGAGCAUCAGUUUGAAAAGGUUGCGCUGCAGUUUCCCGAUGAGCUGCUGGUGGAUUCAGUUGCAGUAGCAGUGGAGAUUGAGAGAAUCAGUAAUGCUAAGCCGUUCAUUUUGGGAGAUACAUCCUAUGGCAGUUGCUGUGUGGACGAGGUGGCUGCAGAACACAUUGGAGCCAACUGCAUUGUGCACUACGGCAGCGCUUGCCUCAGUCCGUCUAAGAGGCUGCCACUGAUUUACAUCUUUGAGCGAAGACCGGUGGACCUUGAGAAGUGCAGCUCUGCCUUCAGAGAACUCCACCCUGACACACAGAGUCACGUCGUCAUCCUCUAUGAUGUCAACUAUGUUCAUGCUAUCAAUGAUCUUCUGACACUACUGUUGCCAGAGUAUCCAAAUAUUGUCGUAUCAGAACUUGUUGUGGAGGGCGAGCGGUGUUACAGUCACGGAGGGAUUAAAAGUCAGCAUGACCAGACCCGUCUGUCAGAGGGAGACAACGGCCAGAUCUUUUAUCAGUUUGGAAGGCGGUUCUCCUUGAAAAGUGGUUUAAGCAUCAAGGAUUACAGCAUGUUCUUUGUAGGUCAGGAGGGAGCAACGCUGAACAACUUCAUGAUGACGUGGAACCGCUGCUCAUUUUGUUCUUUUGACCCCAUAAAAGUGACUGGCAGAACUGAGUCAGUGAGUAUCAACCGUGCUCUGAUGAAGCGAUAUUACGCUAUAGAAAGGGCCAAAGAUGCUAAUGUGGUUGGCAUCGUAGUUGGCACACUUGGGGUGGCCGACUACCUCAGCAUCAUCCAGCAGUUAAAGGAGACCAUCCGAGGAGCUGGCAAGAAGAGCUAUGUGUUUGCCAUGGGGAAACUGAACGUUCCCAAACUAGCAAACUUUCUUGAAAUUGACAUUUUUGUGUUAAUUGCGUGUCCCGAGAACUCACUGCUGGACUCAAGUGAGUUCUAUAAACCUGUAGUAACGCCAUUUGAGAUGGAGGUGGCCUGCAACAAGAAGAGGGAGUGGUCAGAGGAAUAUGUCACAGACUUUCGACAUCUCCUACCAGGUGGACAGAGUCAUGUGCCUCUGGCCGAGCAGGAGGAGGGCGAUGAGCCUGACGUGUCUUUAAUCACAGGAGCUCUGCGAAGCCAUAAUCUGUUGAGCAGUGAGCCUGCAGUGUCUUCAUUUGGCUCCUCCGUGGUCCUCAGGAACCAAACCCUGACUGUAGCCAACACCAACUCAGCUGCAUCUUUUCUGGCAGAGCGAAGCUGGCGUGGCUUAGAGCAGAUGUUGGGAGAGACACCUGUGGUGAAGGCAGUAGAGGGCAGGAGAGGCAUAGCUAUUGCCUAUGAAGAUGAAACAACGUCUCCAUGA